UUGCUGAAGUCUCGCGAGAUUAGGAGCAAUCACAUGAUCCCCCUCCUUGCCAAACACGGAAGUCAUGGGUUCUCUAGUGGGAACUAAUUAAAACAGUCGCACCGAGCUGCCAAGCAUGCCUCUUUGUCAACAAAAUACACUUUUAGCCUGUUUUUUAUUUUAUAUUUAUGCUGCCGCGUCAAGCAAGGACGCCAACGUCCCACCUUCCACCCCGAUUGUGGUAAAUUAUCCCGUUUUUAACCCCGCGCAAGUGGAACCCCCCGCCUCCCUCCUGUUGUCCGCUUUCCCAGGCGAAUUGGAGAUCAGCGACUACUGCAGCCAGCUGCUCCGCAUCUUCGGUCAGCGGUAUGUCGCCUAUGUCAACUGCCUGGUUCCGUCGGCACGGCCGGUUAAAGUGUGCCAGAACUGUUUCGCCAGCUAUGGCAGCCUGGUGACAACCUACACGAACAUCUCCUCUGACCAGAUGGGUCCUGGCAAUGAAAGCUGCAGGGACAGCCUUCUGCGAGGAGACCGUCUUAUGCUGGUUUAUAUGCUCUUCAACAACCUGAAGGAUCUGUGGAGCAAAUCAGCCUGCGACCGCUGUAUAAUGGAUGGAUUCCAGAGCCUAACCAAUGACACGCUAUACUUCAUGUCCACCCUCAACCAAACUCUCAGCUGUUUUGAGAGGUACCAAUUGGGGAACCACACAGAACUGUGUACAAACUGUAAGAGCGCCUACAAGAACCUCAAUGCUCUAUACAGCGGCAUGGAGAGCAAUCAGACUUUGUGUAUCGACAUUGAAGACGGGAUGAACAUGACCCGCAGACUGUGGAGUAAGAAUUUCAAUUGUUCCUUCCCCCGGGAGGAGACUGUGCCUGUCAUCGCCGUGUCCAGCUUCAUGCUCUUUCUGCCCAUCAUCUUCUACUUGAGCAGCUUCCUUCACUCGGAACAAAAGAAACGCAAGCUCAUACACCCCAAGAGGGCGAAGUCCUACUCCUCCAGUCUGGUGAACAUUCAGGACAAGCAGAGCUGAUUGAAGCCAACGGGAUGAAAAUCCAUCAUUUUGUACAUUUUGCAGGUUUGACACUCCUCUGGCCAACAGCAGCUUGUUUUUCACGGGCUGCCUUUACCUGUCAGUAUUUAAAGGAUGCACAUUAACUUCCUGGAAUUUUCAUUGCACAUCAAGUCUUGACUUCGGCUCAUUUUUUCCCCUUCAUAUAUUUAAUAUAUAGAUUAUCUAACAACCGCACACUGUACAUUUGUCCGUAUAGCCUAAGACUUUUUAUUGCAGUUGUAACCAGGCGUCACCAUUAAAUUAAAUUGUUCCCCCCUUUAUCAAUGUUAGUGCGCUGUUAUUACAUUUAUACACAUUCUACACAGAUUUAAUAGAAAAUGAAUCAUUUUAACUUGAUUUCUAAAAGACAGAAUCGUUAUUUCCUAGUAUGUGACUAGUAAUUACAUAGUUACACAUGUUGCUGCACAAAGAUCCCACACCAUUGUGUGUGUGUGUGUGUGCGUGCGUGCGUGCGUGCGUGCGCACAUGAAUGAAUGCAAGUGUGUGCUGCAGUUAUGGAUCGAGAAAUGGGUUUUAUGUCUGUAAUGCAUGUCCAGAAAAGAGCCACAUAAAAAAGGAAGUACUUGAUGUCCAUUAGCGGUGACAUGUGUCUGCUUCAUGAAGAGGGUGCACAUCACUGCUGUUGGUUAUAAAAAAUAAAAAAAAAACACCACAAGACAUAAGUCAUGAGAGCACUCAGUAAUGAAAAAGUGCAUGAAGAUGUUACCUUUCUCCCAAAAUUACUCUUUUAUGGAUGCAUUAAGCUUAUAAUGUGUUUUGAGCCUGUUUUUUUUCUAGCUGAUGUUUGGCUCUAUUCAUUUUCAUGACCUGAUAUUUACACAUUAGUUUCAUGAAUUGCGACUAAUGUCUCGUCACCUCUCGGGAGCUCUGAGCGUCUCCUUUUCCUCAAAAUCUAAUUAAAAAUAGGAUUUAGUUUAUUCAUCAUUUUUGGUUUCGAUUAAAAGAAGCAUGCAAAGAAAAUUGUAGUGUGUGUGCGAUGUUUUCAAAGUAGAAUUUAAAAGCCUUUUAAGAAAUUUAAACUGGCAAAAAUAGCAGAAUAUAAAAAUACCACACCUAAAAAUAACCAAACUAGUUGAACGCUUCAAUAACUACUUCAUAAAUAUUGUACCAAAUCUGGAGGAAAAGAUUCCAGAUCUGAACGAUACCAUAGACAGAAAUCACAUUUGUGAAUAAAUGUAAAUCCAAGACCUCAAUGGAUUGUACGGAAUUGAUAUAGAAACGAUAAAAAAGGUUAUUAGAACCAUUAAAGUAUAUCAGAUAUCAGUUAUAUAUUUAUAUAUACCUAUCAUUUCAAACAGGUAAAUUCCCCAAAAAAUGAAAAUAGUGGAAAAAGAAAAGUGGAACAUUAUAACCAUUAUAGAUACAGAGCAAUGUGAAUGGCAUUCAUCGAAAAUAACAGAGGAAAUUACCAACGCAAUAGAUUGUAGGGUGUGCAGCUGCACGUUUAUAGAUCUAAUUAAAGCAUUUGACACAAUUAACCAUUGCAUCUUAAUCAACAAAUUAAAACGGAAUGGCAUCAGAGAGUUGGUCUUGAACUGGAUAAGAAGCUACUUAACCAACAGGAAGCAAUAUGUGAAGGUAGGCAAGCACACAUCUACAACGCUAAAUGUAUCUUGCGGCCUACCCCAGGGAUCAAUAGUAAGACCACAAUUGUUAACUGUCAUCUGUAAAGUUACAAAGGACUUAGUUAGUCCUACUGGCAGAUUACAUGACUGUGUUUUGUUCAGAAGCUAAUACAAAUAAUAACAGAAGAAAUUAAUAAACUAAAGAGAUGGUUUGACAAAAAGCAGACUAUCUUUGAAUCUCAGUAAAACUAAAACUAAAUGCUAUUUGGUAAAAGCAGAAGAGAAAGUCAAACACAAAUACAAAUAGAUGAAGUAAACAUUGAAAGAGUAAAAGAAACCAAAUGUUUGGGCCUAUUAAUAGAUUAUAAAAUGAACUGGAAUACAAAUAUACAACAUAAAGUGGCAAGAAAUAGGGUGAUUCAAAAAUAAUACACAAAAAAUUAUCACUCGAUAUUUCAAAAAUGAAAAACAAAAGAAAACCUAGCUUGAACACAUGUGUUGUACAUAACUUUUGAGUAUUUAUUUCAUGCUUUACAAGGGCUCAAUAUGGCCACCACCGGCAGCACGGACAACCUCAAGACUUUAUGAGAAUUCCUCCCAAACGCGCCCAGGAUGUCACGAUCCACUGUGUUUUGCUGCUGUUAUUCAAUCUUUCAUGUCAUCAAUAUUUGCUGGCAACGGUGGAACAUAAAUUUGUCUUUAACAUACCCCACAGAAAAAAAUCACACACAGUUAGGUGCAGGGAUCUGGCAGGCCAAGCGCAGAGAGCGAGGUCUUUAGCACUUCUACAAAUCUACACUUUCCUUCAGAUAAGUUCGAACCUAGAGAUACCAAUCUUGUUGAAAAACAAAGUUAUUUGAAUCUGCUUGAAGUGAAGUAUAUAUAAUAUGUAAAUUUUACAUUUUAUAUUGUUACUAUGCUACAUUUUUAGUCUACUUCAUAUCUGCAUUAUCCUUUCCAUCCUUUGAAACUGAGCUACUGUACGGAACAAUUCCCCUUGUGGAUCCAUAAAGUUUGUCUAAG